CCCAUGGACAUCGAUAGACGCAACGGCCGUCAACGGUCGAGGUCUCGACAACAAUGGUGAAUUGGAUCUCUGCAAAUCGAGAAACCCUAAUUGUUCAAAGCGUCUGCGCGGCUGUGCUGAAGGGAAACUGGAGCAAGAUCUUGAAACCCAAAUUCGAUUCGGGUUUAUUAACAUCCACGAUCAUCAACCGGGUACUCUCCGAGGUUUUUCUAUGUGCUGGUUAUGGCGGUCUUCCUCUUUCAUGGGGUUUCUUCAAAUGGGUUGGUUCGUUGUCGGGUUACAAGCAUUCCUUGCAAUCUUCAUGGAAAAUGGUAUUGGUUCUUACGAAACACAAGCAUUUCAAAACCGCACACCAGUUGCUCGAUAGAAUAUCCAAAAGGGAGCUUUUGUCGUCUCCUUUGGUUUUGAGAUCUCUGGCAGGCGGUGCUAAUGAGGACCCAGAAGUCCUUUCCCACGUUUUCAGCUGGAUUAUGAUAUUUUAUGCCAAAUCCGGUAUGACUCGUGAUUCCAUUGAGGUGUUUGAGCAGAUUAGGAGUUGUGGGUUGAUGCCUCAUUUGCAAGCUUGUACUGUGCUACUGAAUAGUCUGGUGAAGGAGAGAUCUACUGAUACAGUUUGGAAGAUUUUCAAGAAGAUGGUUAAGUCAGGGGUUGUUGCCAAUAUUCAUUUGUAUAAUGUAUUGGUUCAUGCUUGUGCUGAGGCUGGUGACGUUGAGAAAGCAGAGAAGUUAUUGAGCGAGAUGGAAGAAAAGGGCGUGUUUCCUGACCUUUUUACAUAUAACACGUUGAUCGUGUUGUAUUGUAAAAAAGGUAUGCACUACGAGGCGUUAUCAGUUCAGGAUAGGAUGGAGAGAAGUGGGAUUGCUCCUGAUAUUGUGACCUAUAAUUCACUUAUACACGGAUUCUGUAGAGAAGGUAGAAUGAGGGAGGCCGUGAGGCUAUUUCGGGAGAUCAAAGGCAUUGUGCCCAACCACGUGACCUACACUACUUUGAUUGAUGGGUAUUGUAGAGUGAAUGAUAUGGAUGAAGCUUUGAGGUUACAUGAGGUUAUGGAGGGAAAAGGGUUCUCUCCUGGGAUUGUGAGUUACAACUCGAUUCUACGUAAGCUAUGUGAAGAUGGAAGAAUAAGAGAAGCUAACAGGCUUUUGAAUGAUAUGAGUGGGAAAAGAAUAGAACCAGAUAAUGUCACCUGCAACACAUUGAUCAACGCAUACUGCAAGAUCGGAGAUAUGAAAUCGGCGGUGAAGGUGAAGGACAAGAUGCUUGAUGCGGGGCUAAAGCUUGAUCUGUUUUCUUACAAGGCAUUGAUUCACGGGUUCUGUAAAGUGCUGGAACUAGAUAGUGCAAAAGAGCAGCUGUUUUCCAUGGUCGGGAAAGGGCUAUCUCCAGGAUACUCAACCUAUUCCUGGCUCGUUGAUGGAUUCUGUAAUCAGCACAAGCAAGAAGAAAUCAUGAAACUUCCCAAGGAGUUUGAAGAAAGAGGCCUUUUCCCCGAUGUUUCUCUAUACAGGGCACUGAUAAGAAGGCUCUGUAGAUUGCAACAGGUCGAUUACGCUAAAGGGUUGUACGAAUCAAUGAAACAAAAGGGUAUAGCAGGAGAUAGCGUGAUAUACACGAGCAUAGCAUACGCCUAUUGGAGAACAGGGAAGGUCAAUGAAGCAUCAGUUCUCUUUGACAUAAUGUACAAGCGAAGAUUGAUGAUAAAUCUCCAACUGUAUCGAUCCCUCAGCGCUUCAAAUGCCGGAGAUAAUGAUAUCUUGAGCCUAUUUUGGAGUCAUGUGGCCGAUAGAGGUCUCAUGUCCAAAAGUAUUCUGAAACAAAUGCACCGAAUUUGUCGUGAAGAGACUAUAGAAGCUGUGCACAAAUCAUGAAAUGCUGAUUCAUAUUUCUCAUGCCUUCGGGGUUAAGAUCCGAUCUUUUGAGCUUCUCGGGCACAGUCCAAGCUUCUUCGGGUGAAGAAAAAUGAUCAAAUAAGCAUAUUCGGGGCGAGAGACCUUUGAACAGCGUCAAACAUGGUUCAAGGUUUUGGGAUAUUUUGAGUUGUUUGAUUCAUGAAUGCGCUAAGAAAUACGUAGCAUUGAUCGAUCUUCAACGGAGUUGUGUGUUCUACUUCUCAUCGUGCGGAGAGAUUUGGACGAGGAGGAAGCUUUAGUGUUGAAAAGGGCGUUGAGCCAUUGGCAUCGGCAAUGCAAAAGCAAAAGCUUCACGCCCCCCCCCCCUUUUUUUUUUUGUAUAACAUUGAUGUGUAUUCUAUAUUGAAAUAUUUCCGUUGAUCAAACCCAAAACAUUUGUAAGAAUAUAUGAUUAAAGAAGUAAAUAAUUAUUGGUUGUA